AUGGCAACAUCGGACACCGCCAAAGGUGGCGCCAGCCCGGAGGAAUCCGCCGGGCUACUGCGCCGGCUUUGGUUCGGAUGGGCGCUGCCUUUUUCCCGACAGGCGUCUCGGGACAUCUCGCGGCAGGACUUCUCGCUGAUGUCGUUGCCGGCAUUCCCACGCGCCGAGUCUUCCGAAUCGGCUGCUGAGAAGCUUGCGGAGCAGUUGGCACAUGAAAUAACACGACAGGACCGGAAGCCUUCCCUGCAGAGAGCACUCUUCCAGUGCUGGAAGAAGGUAUUCCUACUGGAGUUUGUAAGGGCCCUGCUCGCUGCAUGUUGCUUCUUGCUUGCGCCCUUCUUGCUGCGCCAGACGGUGAACUCCCUGCGACAGGGGCUGUGGCUUGAGGCAUUUGGGUACCUCUCGGCCAUCGCCGCCUCAGGCAUGGUCGGUGGGCUCCUUCAGCAACACGGCUUCCAUGGCUUCUCUCACUGGGGGAGGCAGAUGUGGGCUGCCUUAGUCGGCAAUAUUUUCACGAAGAUGGCGAGCAUCGAUGCCGGUGCUUUCACGUCUCAAUUUAGCGAAGGUCAGGUGAUAUCCAUGAUUGGACAGGAUGCAAGCAUUUUCCCUUACAUGGGGCCCUUUCUUUGCAUCUUCUUGGUGAUGCCCUGCAACAUCUUGGUGCCAUCAGCCAUUCUUCUCUACUAUCUUCGGGAAGCCUUUCUAGUAGGCUUUGCAUCCUGUGUGCUUGUAUCGGUAUUGAGUAGCUGGGCAGCGGUGGCCUACAAGCGGAACGUCAAAGCUAAGCUUACGGUGGCAGACUCGCGGCUCGUCCUCGUGAACGAGACCCUCCAGGGGGCACGAUCGAUCAAGUACUGCGCCUGGGAGGGCGCCCUGGAGGCGAAGAUCAAGCGAGUGCGAGAUGAGGAGGUGCGGCUUCUGUCGUGGAUUCACCUGUGCUACGCCUUGCAGCAGGGUGCCAUGGCGGCUUUGCCCGUGAUUGGGAUCACGGCCUCCUUGCUGACACACGUGGCUCUGGGCCGUACCUUAGAGGCCGACAUCGUUUCGAUGACUGUGGCCUACUUCGACCCGCUUUCCUUCGGUUUCAUGCUCUGGCCAAACUGCCGGAUGCAGUUGCAGACAAUGAGCGCGGGCAUCACCCGGGUGGAGCGGUUGCUGCUAGUCCCGGAGAUCGCCACCACCCUAGCAUCUCCGGAGGGGGCCAAGGAGGGAAUCUGCCUGGAGCACGCCAGCUUCUCAUGGAAUGGCGAGAGGCUGCAUCUCCAAGAGAUCAGCCUCAGAGUCCGUCCCAAAGAGUUGGUGAUGGCCGUCGGCCCCGUGGCGUCCGGGAAGUCGACGCUGGUUUCCGGUAUCUUCGGCUUGGUGCGGCAAGUUGCAGAAGCCGGCGAGGUCCGAAUUCUGGGCCAGCCUGCCUAUGUGCCUCAGAAUCCGCAAGUUUUGAAUGCCUCCGUGCGGGACAACAUCCUCUUCGGCCUCCCCCUGAAUGAAGAGAGGUAUGAGGAAGCAAUCACUGCAUGUUGCCUGGAGCAGGACUUGGACCAGUUUGUGGAAGGGGAUGCGACGGAGAUUGGCGAGAAGGGCAUCACGAUCAGCGGUGGCCAAAGGGCUCGCAUUGCUCUGGCGCGGGCAUAUUAUGCUGACGCGGAUGUAGUGAUCUUAGACGAUCCACUAUCUGCGAUGGAUGCGCACAUUGGAGCAAGCGUUUUCUCCCGCUGUAUUCUGGCCCUGCGUGCACAAGGCAAGGCCAUCUUGAUGACCACAAAUCAGCUUCAACUUUGUUCCUCUGCGGACAGGAUCCUCAUUUUAGAAGCAGGCCGUCAAGUUCGCCAGGGUAGCUUCCAAGAGACUGCCCCUGAGCUGGGUGCUGCAAGCAGCUCAGUCGCGGUGCCGUCCGAAGGACCACAGAAGAGAUCGACCAACGAGGAAAAAGAUAUCGGCGCUGGCAUCAGUCGACCGCAGGUUCUCCGACCAACGGCGGCCUCGGGGAAGAGUGGGAUGAAAGCCGAGGGGAUGCUGCAGGGCCGCUUGGGGGUGCGGGAGUGGUUGAACGUGGCCCAAGGAGGU